UGGCUGAACAUAAAAAGACGAAGAGAGGAAUUCAAGGUGAUGGCACUGAUGAAGGAACUACAGGGCUCGUGUCAGGAGCUCGAGGUGGUUCCUGACAUGAACUUCGUGUCUUGGUUUAACAACCGGAACCGCCUCAGUGAAUUGGAAAGCUCCAAGCUAUCCAGGGAGCUGGAGCCUCCCCGCCGGGUACUUGUCCUGACCAGGAACAACAAGAGGAGCCCUCCCCUGGGGAAGCACUCAGGAAAUUGCCAGGCUUUGACAAGAGAGCUCAGCAACAAUGGUAGUUCCCAGUUGGAGACAAAUGAUCAGCUCAGCGGUGGGAAUGGCAGCCAUGUACCCAGCGUGCACUUGAGGAGCUCACCCAAGCCUUCUUCACACUGCAAUCGAUUGUAUCAGUCUGCCCCAAACAUCUACAUGGCAAAGAUGACAGAAUAUGAGGGAAUCUUGCCGUUCCUGAGCCCCCAGCCCUCCAGGCAAGCUGGGCAUGGGGCUCUAUCCUAGGCUGUCCUUUAUUCAGCCCAGAUGCCUGGACUCCAACCAGAGAAAAUCAUAUUCUCCAAUGAGUUAUGGGAAAUGCAUUGCACAAUGCACAAAGACUCAAAUGUCAGGUCAUUUAGAUUAAAAACCUAUGUGGAAACACUAA